AUGGCCCAGAAGAUUAAAACCGACAAAACACCCAACAGACGAAUUCGCUGUCGGUGGAAAGAAAGGUGCCUGGAAAACAAAUCAGAUAAUAAAGAGAAGAUGGUACUCUGCGAUUCUAAGCACGAAUUAGAUAUCAACAGUACUCUUUAUUUCGAUAAGAAAGGUGAUGAUGGAAGUGAUGCUGAUGACGAGCAUGUAGAUUGCAGCAAAGAAAUUCCACCACGAGAUUCCACACAAUUCAACUUUUCCAAAACCUUAUUUGAAAAAGACGAAAACAGCAAAUUAAGCAAAUCGUUAGUGCCUUCAAACGACGACAGCCAGAGUUUCAGCACAAUUCCCUCUAAUCACCCCCUCCCUUUCGAUCUCGUCAUUGACCUCGAACAUGGUCACGCAACUUCAUCGCCGUCUCGAAGGUCGAAUGCCUUAAGUUCCAAUACAUCUGAGGUGGCUAACACGAGCAAGCGAAACUCGUUAUGGGAGAGAAUAUCCAUUCCAAUCAUCAUCAUUACAUUAAUAGCAGUUUUGCUCAUUAUUUCGGCAAUUAUCGCUGCUGCCAUCGUCGCUACACGGCGCUGCCGCACACGCAACGAAGGAACGUAUAAAAUUGAAGAAACUCGAAACUACGGAGGUUACGAAAUUUGCACUUAUUCAAAAACUGGUCUAGGGUCAAAUAAAUCUUUGAGUGGGAAGGUGUCAGGAAAAAGUAACACAGCAACAUCAAAAAGUCAUCGAAAAGACCAGGAGUGGUACGUUUAG